CGGAGCAUGACCCAGGCGGAGAAGGGCGAGGCGGAGAACGGGAAGGACAAGGAGCGCGACCGGGAGCGGGAGCAGCGCGGCGUUAAGCGGCCCAUCGUCCCCGCCGCCGUGCCCGAGUCCCUUCAGGAGCAAAUACAGAGCAACUUCAUCGUGGUGAUCCACCCCGGCUCGACCACGCUGCGGCUCGGGAGAGCCACGGACACUUUGCCCGCGGGCAUCCCGCACGUCAUCGCCCGGCGGCACAAGCAGCAGGGCCAGGCGGCCUACAGGGACAGCUGGCUCCUCAGGGACGGCCUCAAUAAACCUGAAAGUACUGAGCAGAGACAAAAUGGCCUUAAAAUGGUGGACCAAGCAAUAUGGUCCAAAAAGAUGUCAAAUGGAGCGAGGCGUAUUCCAGUGUCACCUGAUCAGGCCAGGUCAUACAACAGACAGAUGCGACCAGCUAUUUUGGACCACAGCUCUGGGGCCAAGUGGACAAACACAUCAAAUCAUCCUGAAUUUUUGGUAGGAGAAGAGGCACUGUAUGUUAAUCCACUGGAUUCUUAUAAUAUACAUUGGCCCAUUAGAAGAGGGCAGUUGAAUCUCCACCCAGGACCUGGUGGCUCCCUCACUGCAGUAUUAGCAGACCUUGAAGUUAUAUGGUCACAUGCAAUACAAAAAUAUCUGGAAAUACCACUGAAAGACCUAAAGUACUACAGAUGCAUUUUACUAAUUCCAGACAUCUAUAAUAAACAACACGUGAAAGAACUGGUAAAUAUGAUCCUAAUGAAGAUGGGCUUCUCAGGAAUUAUUGUGCACCAGGAGUCUGUCUGUGCUACCUUUGGAAGUGGUUUAAGCAGUGCAUGUAUUGUAGAUGUGGGAGAUCAGAAGACAAGUGUUUGCUGUGUAGAAGAUGGUGUUUCCCAUCGCAAUACCAGGCUGUGCCUUGCAUAUGGAGGAUCUGAUGUGUCAAGGUGUUUUUAUUGGCUUAUGCAACGAGCAGGAUUCCCAUAUAGAGACUGUCAGUUAACUAAUAAGUUGGAUUGCCUGCUGCUGCAGCACCUAAAGGAGACAUUUUGUCAUCUAGACCAGGAUAUUUCUGGAUUGCAAGAUCAUGAGUUCCAAAUUCGGCAUCCGGAUUCUCCAGCUUUAUUAUACCAGUUCCGAUUAGGGGAUGAAAAAUUACAGGCUCCAAUGGCCCUGUUUUAUCCGGCAACUUUUGGAAUUGUUGGACAAAAAAUGACAACUUUACAACACAGGUCACAAGGUGACCCUGAGGAUCCUCAUGAUGAACAUUACCUGCUAGCCACACAAAGUAAGCAGGAGCAGUCUGCAAAAGCUACAGCUGAUAGAAAGUCCAUGUCAAAGCCUGGUGCAUUUGAGGGAGAAUUGAGAGGCCAAACCUCAGACAUUUCAGAGAGGAUCUACCCACAAGAAGUGGAAUUGGGAUCUUCCCAGAGUGAUUGUAUGAUAUCUGGCAAUGAUUCAGAGGAACCUUUAACUGCUCACAUGUCCAGGAAAACUGCUGUUUCUCAGUUUGAAGGCAAAGCCUUGGGCCUUGACAAAGCCAUCCUUCAUAGUAUCGACUGCUGUGCAUCUGAUGAUACAAAAAAGAAGAUGUACAGCUCCAUCUUAGUAGUGGGAGGAGGCCUUAUGUUUCAUAAAGCUCAAGAGUUCCUUCAACACCGAAUUCUCAACAAAAUGCCACCUUCUUUCAGAAGAGUUGUUGAAAAUGUUGAAGUCAUCACAAGACCUAAGGAUAUGGAUCCACGCUUAAUUGCCUGGAAGGGAGGUGCAGUUUUGGCCUGUCUUGACACAACUCAGGAGCUCUGGAUUUACCAGCGGGAGUGGCAGCGCUUUGGUGUCCGAAUGCUACGAGAACGAGCUGCAUUUGUGUGGUGAUGGAUGUGGCUGCAGUGGAACCUGCUUAACUCAAGAUUCCUUUCCCCAAAUGCAGAUGUAUUGAUCUUCUGCUGAUAUAUAUUUUUGUAUUUUAUUAAUAUUGACUUCAACUGAGAUUUUUCCAGAAGUGUUGCAAAAACAAUCUUACUGAAUGCACGUGACUUCAGCAUUGCUACACUUCAACUUUGGAAUUGUAGGCAUUGAAUUCUGUGUACAGAGUACCACAGUCAUCUCCAAAUUAACUGUAUUUAUACUAUACAGGUUAUGUAUAUUAAAAUUGCACAAUGUGGGAACUUAAGGUAUAUGUGGGAGGCGUGUCUGAAGGCAGGAGGGAUGUGCCAGGGCAAUGGGCCCAAGAGAACAUGCACGGUCACAUAUAACUCUAUUGGCUGAAGAAGUCACAUGGUAUUCAGGGAUAUAAGGAGUGGGAAUUUUGAAAUAAACUCUCUUUGAUUACACCACCAUGAGGAGCAGAUCAUUCCUUGUUAUACAAGGGCCUCGCUGUUACAGGUAUAAAAUGUUGAUGAGACAGAUGUUAAGUCAAGAUUCAUUCCAGGUACAUGGACACAGAAGCAACAGCUGAAGAGUGCAGCUGUGGGUUUAGUGUCUUACUCUGACUCCUACCCUAACAUUACCAGGAGAUGAAGUUGUUAUAUAAGUGAUCAUUAUGGAAAAAAGUGAAAUGACGAAUUAAAAGUACAGUUGCUGUUGGUAUUUUACUUAUGUAAUAAAUUAUAUUAUUCAGUGAAAAGACAAAAA